GGCGCUGCAGCGACCCCUCCACCGCUCCGUAGAAAUCUCCGCGGCCCCGGGGCCGCUUGCUUCCUGUUUGUCGGGCGAGGAGACAUGGCGGCGGCGCCGGCGGCGGCUGGGUCUGAAGCCAGCCGAGGGAGACGGUCGGCAGCAACGGUAGCGGCUUGGGGCGGAUGGGGCGGCCGGCCGCGGCCCGGUAACAUUUUGCUGCAGCUGCGGCAGGGCCAGCUGACUGGCCGGGGCCUGAACCGGGCGGUGCAGUACACUGAGACAUUUUUGGUGGAGAGGGACAAACAAUCCAAAUGGAGUGGAAUUCCUCAGUUGCUCCUUAAGCUGUAUGCCACCAGCCACCUCCAUAGUGACUUCGUUGAGUGCCAAAACAUCCUCAAGGAAAUUUCUCCUCUUCUCUCCAUGGAGGCUAUGGCAUUUGUUACUGAAGAGAGGAAACUUACCCAGGAAACCACUUAUCCGAAUACUUAUAUUUUUGACUUGUUUGGAGGUGUUGAUCUCCUUGUAGAAAUUCUUAUGAGGCCUACGAUCUCUAUCCGGGGACAGAAACUAAAAAUAAGUGACGAAAUGUCCAAGGACUGCUUGAGCAUCCUGUAUAACACCUGUGUCUGUACGGAAGGAGUUACAAAGCGUUUAGCAGAAAAGAAUGACUUUGUGAUCUUCCUGUUUACUCUGAUGACAAGUAAGAAGACAUUCUUACAAACAGCAACCCUCAUUGAAGAUAUUUUGGGUGUUAAAAAGGAAAUGAUCCGACUAGAUGAAGUCCCCAAUCUGAGUACUUUAGUAUCCAAUUUCGAUCAGCAGCAGCUUGCUAAUUUCUGCCGGAUCCUGGCAGUCACUAUCUCAGAGAUGGAUACAGGGAAUGAUGACAAGCACACACUCCUUGCCAAAAAUGCUCAGCAGAAGAGGAGCUUGAGCUUGGGGCCUUCUGCAGCUGAAAUCAACCAAGCGGCCCUUCUUAGCAUCCCUGGCUUUGUUGAGCGCCUUUGCAAACUGGCAACUCGAAAGGUGUCAGAAUCAACGGGUACAGCCAGCUUCCUUCAGGAGUUGGAGGAGUGGUACACAUGGCUGGACAAUGCUUUGGUACUAGAUGCCCUCAUGCGAGUGGCCAAUGAGGAGUCAGAACAUAAUCAAGCCUCCAUUGUAUUCCCUCCUCCAGGGGCUUCUGAAGAGAAUGGUCUCCCUCACACUUCGACUAGGACCCAGCUGCCCCAGUCAAUGAAGAUUAUGCAUGAGAUCAUGUACAAACUGGAAGUGCUCUAUGUCCUCUGCGUGCUGCUGAUGGGGCGUCAGCGAAAUCAGGUUCACAGAAUGAUUGCAGAGUUCAAGUUGAUCCCUGGACUCAAUAAUCUGUUUGACAAGCUGAUUUGGAGGAAGCACUCCGCGUCUGCCCUCGUCCUCCACGGUCACAACCAGAACUGUGACUGUAGCCCGGACAUCACCUUGAAGAUACAGUUUUUGAGGCUUCUCCAGAGCUUCAGCGACCACCACGAGAACAAGUACUUGCUCCUCAACAACCAGGAGCUGAAUGAGCUCAGUGCCAUCUCUCUUAAGGCCAACAUCCCUGAGGUGGAGGCUGUCCUCAACACCGACAGGAGUUUGGUAUGUGACGGAAAGAGAGGCUUAUUAACUCGCCUGCUGCAGGUCAUGAAAAAGGAGCCAGCUGAGUCGUCUUUCAGGUUUUGGCAAGCCCGGGCUGUGGAGAGUUUCCUCCGAGGGACCACCUCCUAUGCAGACCAGAUGUUCCUGCUGAAGCGAGGCCUUCUGGAGCACAUCCUGUACUGCAUAGUGGACAGCGAGUGCAAGUCAAGAGAUGUGCUCCAAAGUUACUUCGACCUCCUAGGGGAGCUGAUGAAGUUCAAUGUUGAUGCAUUCAAGAGAUUCAAUAAAUAUAUCAACACUGAGGCAAAGUUCCAGGUGUUCCUGAAGCAGAUCAACAGCUCCCUGGUGGACUCAAACAUGCUGGUGCGCUGUGUCACUCUGUCACUGGACCGAUUUGAAAACCAGGUGGACAUGAAAGUUGCUGAGGUCCUGUCCGAUUGCCGCCUGCUCACCUACAUAUCCCAGGUGCCCACACAGAUGUCCUUCCUCUUCCGCCUCAUCAACAUCAUCCAUGUGCAGACACUGACCCAGGAGAACGUCAGCUGCCUCAAUACCAGCCUAGUGAUUCUGAUGCUGGCCCGGCGGAAAGAGCGGCUGCCCCUAUACCUGCGGCUGCUGCAGCGGAUGGAGCACAGCAAGAAGUACCCCGGCUUCCUGCUCAACAACUUCCACAACCUGCUUCGCUUCUGGCAACAGCAUUACCUGCACAAGGACAAGGACAGCACAUGCCUGGAGAAUAGUUCCUGCAUCAGCUUCUCAUACUGGAAGGAGACGGUGUCCAUCCUAUUGAACCCAGACCGCCAGUCACCCUCUGCCCUUGUUAGCUACAUCGAGGAGCCCUACAUGGACAUAGACAGGGACUUCGCCGAGGAGUGACCUUGGGCCAGGCCUUGGGAGGCUGCUGGGCUGGUGUGGGUGAGCGUGCAGAGGAUGCUGCCCGCCCUGCCCUCUUACCAUCCCUUCCCUGCCCCCGCUGCUCUCUGCCUACUCUGAGUCUUCAGGUAUAGGCUUGGUGGCAGGGAGUGUCCUAGAAGCCCUGGGUCUGAGGGCUCCAGGUUAUGUGGGAGCCUCCGUUCCCUCAUAGUCCCCCUGAUAAGGACAGGGAUACCAUGCCCACCCUUCCUUCAGAAUCCUGGGGCUCUGGCCCACCCAGAGGUAAGGGGACUUUUAAAAUUAGCUCUGUCUGAGCUUCUGUCCAUUCUGUUAUCCCAGGAUGGGGAGGAAGAUAUGGGCAUCCCACCCCCAUCUGUGAGCCAAUCUUCCUGUCCUUGGCCAUUGGAUCCAGGCAAAAGCUUCUGAGCCCUGGGCAGGGAUGGGGGGUACCAGAGAAUGCUGCCUUCCCCCAAGCCUGCCCUCCCCCACCCCAUUUUCCUUUAGCUCCUCUGGUUUUGUUUGCUCAUUGGCUGCUGUGUUCAUCCCAGGGGGUUGCUCCAGAAGUGAGGGGGCCUUUCCCUCCAUCCUUUGGGGUGCAGGGCAGCAUCUCCUGCCUGAGCCCAGACCCAGGAGCCUGGCUGGGAGCUUGCCCUUGCUCCUCCUUGUGUUGCCAGUUUAUUAACAGCAAAUAAACCAAUUAAAUGGAGACUAUUAAAGAACUUUAUUUUAAAUGAC